AUGUUUUCCAAGACAAGAUUGGCGGUAUUUAUCUUCUCAACAAAAACAAGCUCUGCUCACUGGGCUGCCGUUAAAUCUAUCAGUUGGGCUGAUCUAGGCUUGCCUGAAGAAGUUGACGACUGCCUAAAUCAUCCAGGCCAAUGCGUCUAUGGUUGCUUCUACUGGAAAACAUACUGCAGAAACGAGUUGCUCAAGCUUGACAUGGACACUAUGGAGUUCUCCAAGUAUGACCUCCCUCCUGGUCAUCACCAGAGAAGUAUCGUCAUUGUGGACUCAGGGGAAGGCAAGGUUGCGAUGUUUAGUACACUUGGUAAAGAGUCUGUGGAAUAUUACACCUUUAUGCAAAAUGGUGCUGACAAGUCCCAUAAGUGGCAUUUGAAGAGUACCAUCCCAUUGCCUGUCCAUGGUCCUAGUAAAUUUUUUAUUGCUGGUCAAGCUGAAGGAUAUGUUUUCCUAAGACACAUUAUAGAAGAACAGGAUAAAACAUAUUUAGAGUAUUUCUCUCUCGAGGUUAAGUCUUGCAAUAUUGAGAGAGCCUGUAGGACAAGUGGUAGAAUUAUUUCCUGGCCGUAUUUUGGUUUCCCACCAUCUAUGUCACCAAGGAGGAUUCAAGGACAUGGAGAGGUACAGUAA